UUCAUUUCCAUCACAAACCAAGCUAGCUGCCUUCUAAACUAGAUCUCCUCUCAAUCUUCAUAGCCUACAUUUGCCAUAUUUUCCAUCACAAGUACCCACGAUCGCUACUUACCUCUAUUUUGGAGUUUAUUCGUCUUCGGCAAGUACUACAAGCUUAUACGUACGUACAUUUAUACUUCUUUUUUAGCACAGCGAGAGAGAGAGAGAAGAUUCUUCAAUUGUACUGAGUUAGCAGGGCCAUCAAUAAUAUCAAUGGAUCGCAUUGUUAAAAUUGCAUCGCAAAAGGCAGUGGUGAUCUUCAGCAAGAGCUCGUGCUGCAUGUGCCAUGCAAUUAAAAGGCUGUUUUACGAGCAAGGAGUGAGCCCGGCAAUUUUCGAACUUGAUGAGGACUCGAGAGGGAAGGAAAUGGAGUGGGCUCUCAUGCGUCUAGGAUGCAACCCCUCAGUUCCGGCAGUGUUCAUUGGGGGUAAAUUCGUGGGCUCUGCUAACACUGUCAUGACACUUCAUCUCAAUGGCAAUCUAAAGAAAAUGCUCAAAGAAGCCGGAGCUAUAUGGCUUUGAUUAACAGUAUUACAGAUCAUUUGCCUAGCUCUAGCUAGCUAACCCCCUGCCCUAGACGUCCUAAGUUCUUAAAUAAGGUUAACUCAGCUUUUUUUGUUUCCCUUUCCACCACUUUUUUUUUUGUAACUUUUCUGCAUCUACUUAUUAAUUACAUCUGGCGGCUCCACUAGGAACAAUUAAUGCGUGGCAAAUAAUUAUACAUAAGAGUACUCUCAUGUGUAGUUCUAAA